CUCCGCUCCUCAUUACAAUAAUGCUAUUUCGUUUUCUCGGAAAAAAGUUGGCUGUGUUAUAAAUGGACGGAGAACCAUGUGUUACGAAGCACAGCUGUCGUCUCCGUCUUCGACAUCGUUUUUAGAAACAUGUCUCCGUCUUCCUGCUGUUUGAAGCUAUACAACUCGUGUUUAAAACACGGGGAGAAAAUCACAAAGAAAGCGCAAGGUAACACUACCAAGCUGGAUUACAACAAGCAAGUUGCGGAGGACUUCGGAGGUACAGAAGCUGCAACAGGUAACCAAGCCACGGAGAUCGAUACUACUAAUAAUAAUAAUAAGAGGAUUCGGGGUUACGUUCAAACAAGUUCGCGAUGGGAAUCAAGUGCUCCUUUAUCGCUGCCCCAAGAAUCCUUUAACGAUCUUCACGUUCUUUCUUACAACGAACAGUGUUUACAUAACGGAAAAUGGUUUUACGAAUCCAUCAGUAAUGCGGAUGCGAAAUCUUUGCUUCAGAAUUCUAAACACGGAACAUUUCUUAUACGAUUUAGUUCGAGUUCAAAAUAUUUGUAUUCUUUGAGUGUCAGUUCGAAGCAAGGAGUUACAAGCGUCAGGAUCGCAUACAACAAAGGAGAAUUCCAUUUAGACUGUGAUGAAAGGUUAGAAAAAUAUAUGCCUCAUUUCAAAAGUAUCAUAGACCUUGUACAGUUUUAUUCCAACCGACGAAACCCGUGUCUCUUAAACAACGGGCAUCGCUGUGUGUGGGUUGACUGCAACAACAAGAGGUACAAUUCUUCGGAACUUACUACACCAAAAUUACAUUCAGUUCCUUCUUUGGCACAUUUGUGUCGACUUUCUGUAAAUAAUUAUUCAUUGGAACAAAACCGAAAUCUUACUGUUUCAUCAAAGGAGGAUUGGAGAGACUCGCUAGGUUUGCCAAAGUUUCUUGUGGACUUUAUGAAGAGUUAUCCAUUUGUUUUGUAAUAAUGUUUAUUUUUGUAAAGUUAUUGCAUUGUAUUUAUAAUUUUGUUAAUAUUUAUUAUUAUAAAAUACUAUUAUUUUUUCAAAAAAA